AUGAAAUUAUAUUUUUUUGCUUUCGCCAUCCUCUCAUUGGCAGCAUCAGCGUCUGCCUUCUGUCCUGACGUAUUUCAGAACCAGACUGCCUGUACCUGCUCAGAGAAUGUCGAAGGAAUAAUUGUGAAAUGUUCUGGUCAUCAUGGUCCUCUAGUUAUCGAAGAGCUAAAGAAACAACAUCAUGAACUCAGAGAGCUUACUAUCGAAAACGCUAACAUCGUUGAGAUUGGACCAAGAGCUUUCAAAAAUCUUCGUAUCAAGAAGCUCAACAUGGAUAACAACCGUAUCAGAAAAAUUCAUCAUGAUGCCUUCAGUGGAUUAGAAAACUCAUUGGUCGAGCUUUCCAUGUCUAACAAUAAGCUCACUGACAUUCCAACAAAAUCUCUGUCAAACCUUCGUGCUCUCAGCAUUCUUCAAAUGAAAUGCAAUAAGAUCGGAAAUCUCACAGAGACAUCCUUCAUUAACAUUUCAACUCUAAUUGACCUUGAUCUCUCAUGCAAUAAGAUUUGCGAAAUUUCAAAGGAUGCUUUUGGAUCUAUCAAGUCUACACUACAAAAUCUCAUUUUGGAUAGCAAUUGUAUGAAAAACUUCCCAGGCGAGGCUCUUAAAGGAAUGGAUAGUCUGAUUGGUGUUCACAUGAAAUACAACAAGUUACAAGAAAUUGAAAAGAACUCAAUUGUUAACAUGCCAUCACUCUCUCUGUUGACCCUCAGCAACAACAACAUCUCUUACAUUCAUCCAGGAUGUGUUGAGAAUAGUGAUAACAUUCAUUAUGUUUAUCUUUCUGAUAACAGAUUAACUGGUAUUGACUCUGGUGUUAUGUCUCAAUUCAAGCAAGUUCAGGUUCUGGAUUUAUCUUUCAAUCUCUUUGAAAAAAUCGAUGAAACUACAUUCACAGGAAUGGACAGCCUCCAACACUUAAACUUAGAUAGCAACUAUCUUACUGAAGUAGUUCCACGAAGUUUCGAAGGAAUGCCACUGUUGCUGCUCUGGCUUCCAAACAACUGUAUUCGUAAUAUCAGCCAGAACUUGUUCCAAGGAAUUCCAUAUCUUCGUCAACUCUCAUUGACAAACAAUUACAUCAGUGAAAUUCAGCCAUUAUCUUUCUUGCAUUUGGCUAAUCUUCAUCAUCUUGAUCUCUCUAAUAAUCAAAUCUUGAAUCUUCAACAAGGAGCCAUUUCUGGAUCUGAUCACUUGACUGUUCGUCUCCAAGAAAACCCAAUGGUAUGCACAGCUGAUGGUUUCCAUGUUAUGAAUGGACGAGAAGCUAUCAACUUGACAACCGAACCCAAUUUGAUUUGUAAAGGAAACUGGCGCAAACCAAUGGACCAAACUUGUGCUAAGAAACACACAAGACCAUAUCACCCAGUAUGUUGUGGAGUAGAAGAAACAACCCCUGGCCCAUCUACUACAACUACUGCUGCCACAACUACGGAAAUGCCUGAAGAGACUGAAAAACCAGUCGAGACAGUUGAUGAGGAAGAGUCCACUGAGGAAGAGGAAGAAGAAGUUGAAGAAUCCACUACUGAAGCCGUUUCCACAACAACUGAGGAAACAACCACACGUAAAAUCAACAUGAUGCGUUUCAUGCGCUUACAACAAGCUACAGCAGAAUCGAAAAAAACUCCAACUACUAAGCAUCGCCCACGUUAUAUGGGUUUCAUGAUGAACGACAGAAUGCUGGCUAGCCAUGAACUCAAAACUACUCAGAAAGAAAUCCGUGAAGAAGAAGUAAUUGAGGAUAGCGAGGAGGAUGAGAUACUUUAA